AUGGCGAAGGACAAGACGGCGGCCUUGGAGCGUGCGAAGAAGGCGACGGCGAAGGCGAAGGGCAAGAAGACGAGCCAGGGAGGGUCGUCGUCGAGAUCUGGCCUGCCGCUCGGCUGGAUCCAUGGCGACUGGAUUCGAUCCACGAUCCAACAGGAGGAUCUGGAGGAUCUAGUUGAGGGGGGAUUGAUUCCCCAUGAUUCCUGGCGGCUUCCGGGGGACGAGACCGAGCAGCGGCCGCAGGAGGAGGUUGACGAGGAGACGGUGGCGCAGUGGCUACAGGGCAUCACUGGCAACAAGGAUAACCCCAGGAGGUCUAGGAGGAUUCCUCCACUCGACAACACCAACGAACCAGACAAGAUCUACACUGAGAUGUACUCGAUGCCCAACGGAGAGCGGGAGCAGGAGGGAGAGGGGAGCGGAGGGGACAGCAGUGACUGGCAUUCUGACGGAGGAGGAGACGAGGAGAGUGAAGACUCAAGCAGUGGUGAGGAGGUCGACUCUCCACCCCGCUCGGAAAGACGCUCCAAGCAGAGACAAGAUCCAGCAAGUGUUCGUGGCAAAGUGACUCCACCGACUGGACAGACUUCAAAGCGCACUCAAACAUCUUCUCCUGUGCCGACUAAGAAAGCUCUGAAGCAGCCCAAAGUCGCAUCGUCAAAGCCCCGGAAGGCCUUGCCCAAGAUUAAAGUGGCCGUCCCCAUCGCGUCUGGUGUUGCUACCUCUGGGACUUCUAUUUAUAAAGAUGAUGAUGAGGAGGAGAUGGAAGACGCGGUCACUUCCAACGCGGCUCUGCCCAAUGUUAUUGAACUUCCAAAUGACGACGAAGAUGUGCCACAGAGACCCACGAGAAGGAGGGGUGGGACUUCGGGCAGGAAGGCACCAGCUAUCAAGACGCCCCAAUCAACGCCGGCGGCGGAACCAAGGUCUUGUGAACUUGGAGCCCAGUUUGCUGACUUGGAGCAAAAGCAGAUCCAGCUCAAUCUUGAUCUGGAGUUGGCCAAGGAGAACUUGCAGAAGGCUAAGGAUGAUGCUGCUGAAAAAAUGAGCCAGGCUUUGGAGAAGAAGGAUCUUGAGCUUGCGGCCGCACAAAAAUCGGCCGAAGAGAAAGCAGCACUUGCCGACCAGAAGCUGGCUUCAGUCGGAAAUCAGAGGAGAGACGAGUUGGAGACUUAUCUGGGACGACUCGCCAAGAAGUUAUUCCUUAUGCUUGAAGAUGAAGCUGCCAUGAACGUGCUUCGACUGGAAUCCCGUCUUGCCCGCAUUACAGACUACCUCGCUCAACUGAAGGUUGCGGUGUCGUGGAUCGACACGGCGCUCUGGCCAAGGGAGACGCUCCAAAACGACCUCGAGUCUUUGAUGACUCGACUCAAUGAGAUCCCUGGUCGAGUGCAGGAAUGGAAGAAAUCCUCUGCUCGGUGCGGCACUGACGUAGCUCUGUCCCUUGUUCGCGUCCAUUGCAAGGAGGCCAAAGAAGAGAAGUUAGCAGGGAUCAAGGUUGCCAACACCUAG